AUGCAGCUGCGUUUCGGAGGGGUCGCAGAGAAGCAAGCAGCAGACCGGAAAGCUAGCCCUGCCGGCACUGGCGAAAGCGCCGCAGCCGCCACCGGCGUCUCGGACGCCUGCGCCGCCGCCGGCAGCGACGCCGUCGACGGCGCGGCGGUCAGCGGCGUGGCGGCGCAGCUCUUCGGCGACGAGCGCCUGCUGCUGCAGGGUGUCCGCUACGCUGGCGCGUGCCGGUCCCUCGGCCUGGCGGCGUUGAAGCCCCCUAACGCCCUGUCAGCCGUCCUGGGCAGCGCCGUCGUCAUCAGCACGGGCGCCGCGGCCGACGCGGCCGCCGACGCGAACAGCCCUGCACGCGCGUCGACCGCGUUCGGGACGCCGGCCGGCCCCGCGGACGGCUUCCCCUCGGGAAGCUUCGACGCAGCUGUGCUCGAGAUCGACGUUUUGGUGUCGCCCGCUGCGCCGGCGGGCUCUCAGCUGUCGCUCAUGUACAUUUUUGGCUCAGAAGAGUACCGCGGCGGCGGCCGCCGCCCAGACCCACUCGUGUUCCACAUCCGCCUGGCCGGGUCGACCUCGGCGACAAGCCUGGCGCUGCUGCCCGGCGGCGGCGCGAUCACGGGCGCAGCCGCGCGGCCGGCGGCGCCGAUCGAGUUUUACGACAAUGCAGUGGUGGGGGAUUCACCGUCGCCGAUCGCGGCGGCCUUGGAUGGUUUCACCCAGCUGCUGCCGACGCAGGGCUACCCAGUGGUGCCCGGGACAACUUAUGUGAUCCGCGUCGGGGUGGCUGACGCGGGGGACGCAGACGUGGACACGGCCGUGCUGCUGAAGGCGGGCUCGCUAGUGCUGACGGCGCCGCCUGUGGUCGACGCGGGCGGGCCGUAUUCUGCGGUGUCUGGCGGGCAGCUGCAGCUGAGGGGGACCGGCUCUUCGUCGGUCCCAUUUGUGCCCAUCCUUGCAGCCAGCUGGCGAGUCACCCCCCUCGGAAAGCCCAACCUCCUGGUGACAAAGGCAGAGGGCCUCACGCCGUCCGCCGUCGCACCGGCGGCGGGCAGCUACGCGGUCGCUUUGACUGUCUGGGACGCGCGCGGCGCGACAGCAAAGGGGCUGGCGACGCUGUCGGUUGCCGCGGCACCGCUGCCGGCCGUUAGCAGCGGCAUGGUGGCCGUGAGCAGCGUUUCUGGAGACGCGGCGUCUGCAGCCGAGUCCUUGUACCGCGCGCCCGCGCCAAACGCACGCCCACGGGCGAGCAUCGCACUCCCCGACGGCGGCGUCGUGCGCGCGCGGACGGGCGAGGUGCCGAGGGUGCUGAUCAGCGGCGCGGGCAGCCUGAACGCUGUCGGGUUUGCGUGGACCAUCACCCAGACGCGGCCCAACAUGAUGGCCCUGGAACUGGGGAUGCCGUCUCAGAACCAGCCCAGCGAGUUUGAGCGCGAGUUUGCGCCGGGAGAGUACGUCAUCGGGUUGACGGUGCAGGGUGCCGGCGGCGGCGCGGAUAGCACGCACUCCACGCAAAAGGCGCUGACGGUGCGCGCCAACCGGCCGCCGGCCGCCGUGGCGGGCGGGCCGUACGUUGCAGCCCCCGGCCGGCCGAUGCAGAUCAGCGCCGCAGGGUCCUCGGACGAGGACGGCGACGAUCUGGCUUACUCUUGGACGCUCACCAGGGCGGGGUCGAAAGAGCAGCUCGCAAAGUUUGAGGACGUCGCGCCGUCCUUCAGCAUCAACGCCAUCGGCGAUUACAGAGCUGUCUUGACUGUCAGCGACAGCAUGGGGGCCACGACAACCUCGGAUGCGCAGAUCCUGAUUGCGUACCCAGCACCCCCUCCGCCGCCCCCGUCCCCGCCGCCGCCGUCGCCGCCGCCGCCACCGCCGCCGUCCCCGCCGCCGCCGCCGUCGGGGAUCCCUGCGGGGAUGGUGGCGGCGGCCGGCGCCGCGCCGGCGCCCGCAUAUCAAGGAUGGGUCAUGCCGCCUGCCUCCACGUUGUACACACGCGUCGCGCCGGCGCCCGCGCAACAGCAGCAGCAGUACUCCAACCCACAGCUGCAGCAGCUGCAGCAGCGGUACGCCACCGCCGCGGCCCCCGGCGGCGCGGGCGGCUACGACGGGCAGGGCGCGUUCGCGGCCCCCGCCCAGGCCCCUGGCUCGCAGGCCAUCCAGUCCGGCUACGGUCUGGGCGCCUACCGCUCCGGGCUGGGCGGCGUACCCAUGACCGUUGGGUCCGCGCUGUCGCCGCUGCAGAGCUUGGCGCCCAACAGCCAGUGGUCGACCGCCGCAAGGGCCGGCCAGGGAGCUGCUGCCGGAGCUGGCCAGGGGCAGUUCCAGGCCGCAGGAAUGUGGCCGGUCACAAAGGAGCUGUCAUCGGGCGGCAAGCCCAUGGGGGCGGUGGACGACCUGAGCGCGCUCCUCAAGCUGACCAGCCAGGGUGGCGAGUGCACCUAUGCCAAGGACACCGGGAAGCUCAUAGGCAGCGGCUGGGCCGCCCUCCUCGGCGUAGCGUCAGGCACCACCUUCAUGGGCCCCUGCCCCCGGCCCCCUGCCCCCGCCGGUGGCGCAGGGACUCCGGCGGCGUCAGCUCCAGCCCCCGCACCGGGCGCGGCGCCGGCCCCGCCGGCGCCGGUCGGGGCGCGGCUGACGGCGGCGAUCGCCUCGCCCUCCGCCCUCGUGCCCUCGCGCGCCAGCGCCCCUUCGGCGCCGGCGACCGUCCUGCUCGACUCGGCCGGCACGACCGCCGCGGCGCUGCGGCCGAUAACCUCAUACCAGUGGGCCGUCAGGUCGCGGCCGUCCAACGCGACGAUUGCGGCCGUCGGGGGCCCCAAGGUGGCCGUGGACCUUGCGCCCGGAUCCUACACGGCCGUCCUUGUUGUGAGGGACUCCCUCGGCUUCUCGGCGUCCGAGGAGCGCGAUUUCGUGGUAGGAGACCUCGCCGCAACGUUUGCUGUGAUCUCGUCUCCAGGAGAGCUCGAGGCCGCGUCGCCGGCGGGCGCCUCGGACGGCUCGGCGACCGCGCGGGUCGCGCUCUCAGCGGAGGGGUCGGGGGCGGCGCCGGGGCUGUUCCUGGUGUCGGCUGCGUGGCUGGUGCAGCGGCUGCCGGGGCUUGACGUGGUGGCCACGCCGAGCGGGCUGACUGCCUACCUCGACCUGCCGGUGGGCUCCUACCUGGCCAACCUGCGCGUGUUUGACUCCCUGGGGGGAUCAUCAACUGCCACGAAGCGCUUCAAGGUUGGCGUGCCCAGCGCCACCAAGGCGGCGGACGGCAGCCGUCCAACCCUCGCCGUCAUCGAUCAGCCCGCGCCCGAGGUGAUGACGGCGGCCACCCGUCACUCCGCGACCGCGCGGGUGACGCUCGACGGCUCUGCGUCGGUGGCUGCUGCGGGCGUCCGGAUCGAGAGCUAUGUCUGGGGCGUCGUAACGCUGCCAAACCGUGCGCCGGUGACAACCUUGAAGGGGCCCGUUGCAGAGGUCGAUCUGCCAGAUGGCCUGUACCAGGUCGGCCUGCUUGUCACGGACAGCAACGGGGCCAUUGCCACCGCUAAGAAGACUGUGACAGUCAAAGUGGGCAUGCCCCAGCCGCCGCCAUCCCCGCCAGCACCCCCGCCGCCGUCGCCACCGUCGCCGUCGCCACCACCGCCAUCGCCACCGCCGCCGUUUCCACCCCCGCCCAAGUCGCCGUCUCCGCCGCCGCCGCGCCCGUCCCCGCCGCCGCCCCGGCCACAGUCGCCCUCGCCGCCGCCCCCAUCCCUGCCGCCGCCCGAGCCGCCUUUGGCAUCGCCGCCGCCGCCGCCGCUGCCAUCUCCUCCGCCGCCCUCGAGACGCGCGGCGUCCCCGCCGCCGGCUCUGUCGCCGGCGUUGCCGCCUGGGCCAACGACAACCAGGCUCGGGGCGAGCGGCUGGGCGAAGCCAGCAGCCCCUGACGGUGCUUUGGGAGCGGCGGCCACUGCCAAUGGCCCCCAAACCCUGGUCCUGCCGCCGACCAUAACAAACGUAUUCAGGUCUGGGGAUGCGCCAGCCCUUAUAUCGGACAUCACCAGCGGCAAGAGCGGCACUAUCCUUGCAGCCCCUGCUCGCGGUGGCAGCGCGCCGACACCUGGGGUGCGCGAGCCGGCGUCCGCCAAUGCGCCGCCGUUCGUGAAGCCUGGGCUGUCGUUUGCGUUCCCAUCUGGUGGCAGCAUCAGCCUCGCAGGGGCGGUAGAGGAUCCUGACGGCGACAGCCUCUUGAUACAUACAACGCUGAUUGGCGGCUCGAGCAGCCGGCCAGAUGGUGUCAGCUACAAAGGCACUGGCGAGGCGGUGUCGCUGGCAGGAGUGCAGCCGGGCGCUUACACAUUGCUGAUCACGGCCGACGACGGCCGCGGCGGCAUCGGCGCGGGCGUCGCGGCGGUGCGAGUGCUGCCUGGCCCUGGCGGCGGCGCAGGUGAGGCUGAUGGCGGCGACGCGGCGGCGGCUGGCGCAUUUUCAGCGCCGCCUGUGCCAAGGCUGCCGCCGCCAGCCGCACCGAGAAUCCGUUUGGCAUUGCACCACGCAACGCCAGCGCCACAGCUCAACCCUCUACAAUCAAACACCUUGCAGCAGCCAUCACCAAAUCAGUCAGAGACACUGCAGCACCAGUCAUCACUGCAGCAACAUCCGCACCUGCAGCACAUACAGCAGCAGCAGCAGCAGCAGCAGCAGCAGCAGCAGCAGCAGCACCAGCAGCAGCACCAGCACCAGCAGCAGCACCAGCAGCAGCAGCAGCAGCAGCAGCCGCAUCUGCAUUUGCAGCAGCAACAACCACAGCCGCUGUCGCACCAGCAGCAACCACCCCUGUUGCAGCAACCGCACCAUCAGCAGCAGAUGAAGCCGCCGCCGCUGCUGCAGCCGCAGCCGCCGCCAUCCCAGCCGCCAUCCCAGCAGCAGCCGCCAUCCCAGCAGCAGCCGCCAUCCCAGCAGCAGCAGCCGCCGCCAUCCCAGCAGCAGCAGCAGCAGCAGCAGCAGCAGCAGCAGCAGCAGCAGCAGCAGCAGCAGCAGCAGCAGCAGCAGCAGCAGCAGCAGCUCCCGCCAACCCCGGCACCGCCACCGCAGCAGCAGCCCCCAGCUGUGCAGCCGGAGCCCCGAGGUGAUCCGCAACCGCAAACAAUGCGGCGCCGGCACUCGCGCCUGCCCUACGCCUCACAGUACCCGGCUCUGCGGCUGCCGUCCUUGCGAUUAUCGGCGGGCAGCUCAUUAGUCGUCGAGGCAGCUUCCACCGGCCUGCUGCCUGUUGGCGGCCCUCCGAGCGUGUGGCGUGCGGGGGCGGCUGCAUGCGAGUGGGAGCUGGUGGAAGCUGCGACUGGCCGGCAGGUUGCGAACAGGACCGGCGCAUCUGCGCGGUUUGAUUUUGCAGCCGUCGGCGCCUUUGAGCUGCGCGCCCGGCUGCCGGCCGGCGCCGCGCCCUCCGACCUGGGGCCGGCCGAGGCGCGCUCGCUGUUGACAGUCGCGCCGGCGCCGCCUGACCGCGGCCCGGCGCCGUUCGCGACAGGGGCCUGCGCUGGUGCCCCAGCCGGGGCCCGCGAGUUUGCGCCGUUGGUCCUCAACUGCUCAGGGCUAUCGUACACGGCCCCGGCAUCCGCGGCGGCCCAAGAUCUCCAGUUCGCGUGGAAGAUCUUGUCGGCAGCCGACAAGGCGGUCGUCGCGAUGACGCUGGGCCGCGUCGCGCACUGGGGGCCGCUGCCGCCCGGCCCCUACCUCGUCCAGCUCGCCGUCAGCCUGGGGUUUGGGCUGCCGACUGGCGCCAACAUCGUGUAUUUCUGGAGCUCGCUGCUCGACGUGGCCCCGGUCUCCGGCUUCGCCCUCGCGCCGCCGCGGCCGGCCUGCGCCGGCGGCCGGGCCGAGCUGCGCGCGCCGGCGCUGCGGCUGCCGGCCGGCAGCCGGCUG